CCACGAUAUGGACACUGUGAAUCGCAACCACUUCAUCACCUCCCCUGCCUGGAGCCAGUUUGGCCAUCUAGCCAGCACUAUAAUUAUUUGUAUAGUGGUGUCCCUUCUGGUUUAAGCAGUGACUUUUGUUGCAUGGAGAUCCCUCUCAGCAAUUUCCAUCAUCGCCCAGAGUAUUUUCCUGAGAUUAAAUCAGACCUCUCACACUUGCACUGGACACAAGGAGAACACAAGAAAGGCUACAUACCAAGUUACCUGGAAAAAGAUGAACUUUGUAUUGUGUGUGGGGACAAAGCUACAGGCUAUCAUUAUCGCUGUAUUACCUGUGAAGGCUGUAAGGGCUUCUUCAGACGGACAGUUCAGAAAAAUCUCUGCCAAACCUAUUCUUGUAAAUAUGAGCGAAAAUGUGUCAUUGACAAAAUGACCAGAAAUCAAUGCCAGGAUUGUCGUUUCAAGAAGUGUAUUGCAGUUGGGAUGGCUACAGACUUGGUGUUGGAUGAGAGAAAGAGGCUUGCCAAGCGCAAACUGAUUGAGGAAAAUCGGGAGCGUCGGCGUAAUGAGGAGCUACAGAAAAGAGUGUUGGAUCAACAAGAGCCUACUCAUGAAGAGUGGGAUCUCAUCCACAUGAUUACUGAGGCCCAUAUGGCCACCAAUGCCCGGGGAAAUCACUGGAAACAGAAGGGAAAAUUCUUGCCUGUGGAUAUUGGUCAUUCGUUUACAGUCAAUACCCCAGAAGGAUGUAAAGUGGAUUUAGAGAUGUUUAACCAAUUCACAAAAAUUAUCACUCCUGCCAUAACACGAGUGGUAGACUUUGCCAAAAAGCUACCAAUGUUUUGUAAGCUGCCAUCUGAAGACCAGAUCAUAUUGCUGAAAGGCUGCUGUAUGGAAGUCAUGUCAUUGCGUGCUGCUGUUCGCUAUGACCCAGAGAGCGAGACCCUCACACUUAAUGGGGAAAUGGCAGUCAACCGAAGUCAACUCAAGAACGGAGGCUUGGGUGUAGUCUCAGAUGCCAUUUUUGAUCUUGGUGUCUCACUGUCCUCCUUUAACUUGGAUGACUCUGAGGUGGCUCUUUUACAGGCAGUGAUCCUCCUUUCAUCUGAUCGUCCAGGCUUGAGUAGUGUGGAGGGGAUAGAUCACUGCCAAGAAGAGUUACUACUGGCUUUGGAACAUUACAUCAACUACCGCAAACACAAACCUGCUCAUUUCUGGCCAAAGCUGCUUAUGAAAGUCACAGACCUACGAAUGAUCGGCGCCUGCCAUGCAAGCCGAUUCCUUCACAUGAAAGUGGAGUGUCCAACUGAAUUAUUCCCUCCUCUUUUCCUGGAGCUAUUUGAGGACUGAACAGAAGAUUUUGAUGGAAAUUUCGUGUGUGUGUGUGUUGGCGGCGGGGGGGGGAAUGAAUAGUACUUUACAGUGGUGUUCAAAAUAAUAGCAGUCCAAUAUGACUAACCAGAUUAAUUCACUUUUCAGUAUAUUUUUGAUUGCUACAUGUCAAACAAGUUACCAGUGGGUGCAGUAGAUUCUCAGAAAACCAACUAGACCCAGCAUUCAUGAAAUAGACACAUUUAAGUCUGUGCUAUUGGGCAAUUUGUUGAAAGGGUGUGUUUAAAAAAAAUAGCAGUGUGGCAUUCAAUCAGUGAGGUCAGCGAUUUUGUGAAAAACAGGUGUGAAUCAGGUGGUCUCUAUUUAAGCACAGCACCUGUUGAACAUGCAUUUCUCCUUGAAAGCCUGAGGAAAAUGGGUCCUUUCAACACAAUGGUCAGAAGAACAGUGUAUUUUGAUUUAAAGUUUGAUUCUAGGGGUUAAAAACCUUAUAAAGAGGUGCAAAAAGCUACGGCCUAUUCAGCUAAAAUGAUCUCUGUCUUAAAAAGGAGAGUAAAACCAGAGACACAUGGCAGAAACGGAAGAGAACCAUCAAAAUGGAUCGCAGAAAAACUAGGAUGAUCAAAGACAGUCUGGAGUUAUCUGUAAGUACUGUGACAGUGAGAAUCCAUCCGUAUGAAGCUAAUCUAUUUACAAAAAUUCCCCGCAAAGUUACAAGUGUUGGGUGACAUCAAAACUGCUAUUUCUAAAGUAAAACCAAUAAAUUUAAAUGAAUUGGGGAACGUCGUUAAGGAAUCGUUGAAUGGGAAAACAGCUGAAAGGUUGGGUGAUUC